AUGACACACUAUACACAAUCUGUGUUCCGAGUCAGUCCCGCGUCGACUCUCGUCGGGUCCGCACGUCUCUUGAACACAUUACCCGUGCGUCAGUCAGCGAUGCACGAUCUCAAACACGCGGUCAAUAUUGACAUUAUACUAUGGGCUGCCACGGAAGGCGCGGGAUACAGUUGUCCCUAUGGCCAGAAUUGUUUAUAUGAGCCUGCGCCCCCUGGACGCGCUCCAGCCUGCGCACAACCUGGUCUUACAUACUGCCUGCAUCCUGACCCAUAUCCAGAGAAGGUGAUCAGGAAACUGGUCGAAGCCGGUCAGUACGACAUCCGCACGUUGCUGUCCGACGAGUCUCGCGACAACUUCCAAGACAAUAAAAAGACGACUUACCCUUACGGAUACGGACCAAACUCAUUACCACACGUCGACCAGAUAUCACUCGUCGACGAAGGACACAAAGAUUACAACACCAAGUACCACAAGUACAACCAAGAUAUAUUUUCUGAGAAAGCGCCCCUCCAGCCUCCCUCUGCCGCAGAUCCAACCCCGUACAACAUCAAAGCCUAUCAGGCAGCCAAUUAUUCCAAGUUCGGCUUCCAAGGAUAUUCAUCACCAACUUUCUGGGAUCCCUCCAUAAACCAGUUCCAGUAUGAGAACCGACGGCUUCGAGAAAACGAGAAUCUGAACCUUUACAAUCCGAAUUACUUCAACGGCCCGCUGUAUCAGAACUACGAGUCGAAUUGGUUGAGAGCGUCUAGCGGCGUGACGCAGUACAAUCCCAGCGAAUGGUGGAAGUAUAUAUCACCGUCUCGAUCAAACGCGGAGGUGUCCAUCCAACGUUCAAUCACCUUCCCUACACGAACCACCACCAGCCGACACGACAGACGAAGACGAAAUACAGAACUAGUUAAGGCUGCGGAGAAACGGACUUUGACCGGGGCGGAGGCUUUGAGGAUCGCUCUUGGACUGGCUAAUGAAGACUCAUCAGCUGAGCGUCCUCGACGCCAGGCGUCAUCAGGUGAGGAGUUGUGUCGAGUCCGGACACAGUUCAUCAAUCCUCGAGCCGCUCUCAACAACAAGGGCAGUUGGCGCUACGUCGUCAACAUGCCUGAUAACAUGACGCAACUAGUACGAGCUGAGAUAUGCGCGUCAACAGAAUGCAGUGGGUUAUGCACCAUACCUCUCGGCUAUACUUCUAGAUGCGAACAAAAGUAUAUACAGAAACGUUUGGUGGCGUUGGAGUCGAGUGGACAGAACCUGUACACCGACGUAUUCUGGAUCCCGAGCUGCUGCCAAUGUACAAUCAUGAACAAUAAUUAA